CGACAAGACAAACACAACCGCUACAAUGGGUCGUGUCAUUCGCAACCAGAGAAAGGGUCGCGGCUCCAUCUUCACGGCCAACACGCGCCUCAACAAGGCCCCAGCGAAGUUCAGAACGCACGAUUACGCGGAACGCCAUGGCUACGUUCGUGGUGUUGUGAAGGAAAUUGUCCACGAUGCCGGUCGUGGUGCGCCCCUCGCGAAGGUCGUCUUCCGUGAUCCAUACCGUCACAAGCUCCACACCGAGACCUUCAUCGCCAACGAAGGCAUGUACACCGGCCAAUUCAUCUACGCCGGCAAGAACGCUUCUCUCACCAUCGGCAACGUCCUCCCACUCGGCUCUGUCCCAGAAGGUACUGUUGUGUCCAACGUGGAGGAGAAGGUUGGCGACAGAGGCGCACUCGGCAGGACAUCUGGAAACUACGUCACCGUCAUUGGCCACAACCCAGACGAGGGCAAGACCCGUGUCAAGCUGCCAUCUGGAGCAAAGAAGGUCGUAAAGAGCUCUGUCCGUGGCAUGAUUGGCAUUGUUGCUGGAGGUGGACGUACCGACAAGCCUCUCAUGAAGGCUUCGCGUGCUAAGCACAAGUUCGCUGUCAAGCGUAACUCAUGGCCAAAGACUCGUGGUGUUGCCAUGAACCCCGUGGAUCACCCUCACGGUGGUGGUAACCACCAGCAUAUUGGUAAGGCCUCGACCAUCUCUCGUUACGCCGCACAAGGUCAAAAGGCCGGUCUUAUUGCUGCCCGAAGAACUGGUCUCCUGCGUGGUACUCAAAAGACCAAGGACUAGACGCCUCUCGGACGGUAGUGGUGUUGGGGGUUCAAUGGAUUUGCACUGCAGCAUAAGCAGCUUUGUCACGGAAUCAAGCGAUGUCACGCAGACGAGGCGCUGCAUACCAGGGUUCAUGCGCAGAUCAAAUGAUAUCACGUUCAAAAGACUUCGCACCACAUCCCUUUCAGACUCAGUCUCGGUAGCUAUGAUCAGUCCGCUUGCACUGUACGCUAUACAGGGCAGCUGUAGUGUCCUGAAGGAGUUGGAAGGGAGGAAGGCCGCACAGUUGCGGAAGAGUGUGCUCGAUCACAGACAGUUGACGAGCUGCAUCAUAUGCUUCCCACCCAUACUGCAAAUGUCUCUGCUACAUGUACCUCUGAUGUUUCACAAUGCAAGGUCCACCCAUCUCUG